GCACACAAUCCACAAUGGCAGCUCAUCAUCAGAUGCGCAGCUUGCUGCCGUAGGAGAGACAUACGUACAUAGAUAACAAGUUGCACAUACUCCUCCAGUACGUAGUCGUCCUUAUGGCGCUGGCCUCUGCACCUGUGCAAUUACCAGCUGCGGCGGCGGUGGCGCUGAUGGCGAUGGCGUUGCUGCUGCUCUCGGCAACAGCAGCUGCCGCGCCGCCACCGGCACGGGCACCGAUCGGGCUGCCCGGCUGCAACACCACCUGCGGCAACGUGAGCGUGCCGUACCCGUUCGGCUUCGGGCCAUCCCGCUGCUACUGGCCAGGGCUCAACCUCACCUGCAACACCAGCGACAGCCACCACCCCCCGCGGCUGCUCCUCGGCGACGGCAGCCUCAGGGUGACCGAGAUCUCUCUGUCGAAUCAAACCGUGCGUGUCAUGCGCACAGGCUCCAUCAUCAACACAACCGGCGCCGACUUCGCCGCACGUAGCUGGAGCGUCACGUUCGGCCGCGCUUUCACGGAGCACGGCUACCUGCUGUCGUCUGGGAACGAGCUCGUCGUCUCCGGAUGCAACGUCACGGCGAUGCUUUCCGCGGACAUCGCCGACGAUGGGGAGGAAGAAACCACCGAGAUCGUCAGCGCCUGUGCCUCCUUCUGCGCCAGCAACAGCGGCGGCGCCCACGAGAUGGCCGGCUCCAUGACAGACAAGUACUGCACCGGCACAUCGGGCUGCUGCCUGGCGCCGCUCCCUUCUAGCGGCGUGCCCAAAGGAGUAGAGGCCAGGUGGCUCUACAGUGCCACUGCCAACAACAAAUCUGCUCCUGUGCCGGCGGUGACUGUGUUCGUCGCGGAGCAAGGGUGGGUCGACAUGGAAAAGCGGGCGGACGGGGUCGGGGAGGUUCCCCUUCUGCUCGACUUCGGGGUCAAGCAGAAUUUGCCAAAAGUGCAACCAAACAGCAACGAUGGGUGCACACAAUAUGUACAACGCAUGGUCUGCAAGAGUGAACACAGUACUUGCAAUGCUGGGGACCAAGGCUACACGUGCGACUGCGAGUCUGGUUACAACGGGAACCCUUACAUCGAAGGCGGAUGCCAAGAUAUCGACGAGUGCAAAUUCCCCAGUACAGAGAAAGUGUGCUUUGGGGUAUGCAUCAACACGAUCGGGUCAUAUGAUUGCCAAUGCCCGCAGGGAACUUACGGCAACCCCGAAGUCGAAGGUGGUUGUGUCUAUUAUGACUUCGACGACACAGCAGAUGCGGUGUCCUCGUCGCGUCCAACUGCAUCACUAGGUGCGGCGACGUGAGCGUGCCGUACCCCUUCGGUUUUGGGCACCCCGACUGCUACUGGCCUGGGCUCAACCUCACCUGUGACAGAAGCCACAGUCCCCCUCGGCUGCUUCUCGACGGCAACGGCACCCUCCAGGUCGUCCACUUCUCCUU